CAAAGGAGGCGGCCGGCAGCCCAGCUGUUUUGAAAAAUGCUUCCUGUUUCUUUAAAGGCGCUCGCGGCUCGGGCGGCCCGGGCUGGGGAGGCGGCGGCGGCGAGAGCUGCCUCUUCUCCGGGCGGCGGCGCUGACUGAUCUCGCGAACUGGGCUUCUGUGUAAACUGAGGCUAAACAAACACAGAUGGAGCUCAGCGGGCGUUCUCCCGAAAUGCUGGCAGGGCUGCAGCGACUUCAGAUGACACUCUGAGCGCUCCAGGAGCGGACAGCCCGGCGGCUUCGCGGAGCCGGCGGCGCAGCUGCCCCAGGCAAGGGGGAGAAAGGGAGGGCGGGAGGGCGAGAGAAGGGGGAGAGCUAGAGACUCCGAGGCGCAGAGCGCGGCGGCGGCCGGGGCAGAGCCGGCGCGCAGCGUGCGGAGAGAGCGCGGCGGGCGCGCGUCCCGGGUACCCCCACGCCAGUGCCUCGGGCGCUGUCCGCGCCAUGAAGCACAUCCCGGUUCUCGAGGACGGGCCAUGGAAGACCGUGUGCGUGAAGGAGCUAAACGGCCUCAAGAAGCUCAAGCGGAAAGCCAAGGAACCGGCGCGGCGCGCGAACGGCUAUAAAACUUUCCGAUUGGACUUGCAAGCGCCGGAGCACGGCGCCACCGCCACCAACGGGCUAAGGGACAGGACCCUGCGGCUGCAGCCGGUCUCGGCCCCGGUGCCUGUCCCGGUGGCGCCGGCCGUUCCCUCAGGCGGGGGCGCGGACACGGCGGGGAAGCGCGGGGGCGUCCGGGCGCCGGAGGUCUCGGACGCGCGGAAACGCGGCUUCGCCCUGGGCGCAGUGGGACCGGGACUCCCCACGCCGCCGCCACCGCCACCGCCACCGCCGCCGCCGCCGCCUUCCGUGCCCCAGGGCCAGGUACCUGGGGGCCCCGAGGCACAGCCUUUCCGGGAGCCUGGCCUGCGCCCCCGCAUCUUGUUGUGCGCACCGCCUGCACGCCCCACGCCGUCGGCGCCCCCUGCGCCUCCAGAGUCCUCCGUGCGUCCAGCGCCCCCCACACGCCCGGCGGAAAGUUCUUACUCGCCAAUUUCACACGUAAUUUACAAUAACCACCCGGAUUCCUCUGCGUCGCCUAGGAAACGGCCAGGCGAAGCGACCGCCGCAGCCUCCGAGAUCAAAGCCUUGCAGCAGACCCGGAGGCUCCUGGCGAACGCCAGGGAGCGGACGCGGGUUCACACCAUCAGCGCAGCUUUCGAGGCGCUCAGGAAGCAGGUGCCGUGUUACUCGUACGGGCAGAAGCUGUCCAAAUUGGCCAUCCUGAGGAUCGCCUGUAACUACAUCCUGUCUCUGGCGCGGCUGGCUGACCUUGACUACAGCGCUGACCACAGCAACCUCAGCUUCUCCGAGUGCGUGCAGCGCUGCACCCACACCCUGCAGGCUGAGGGCCGUGCCAAGAAGCGCAAGCUCCUGUUUUUAAAGCAGCAACUCCUGGGAGCUUCUGAAGAAGAGGAGGAGGAAGAGGAGGAAGAGCAGCACCUGGACUGGGCAGAUUCUUCUGGCUCACAAGGAGUUCUGGCCAUAACUUUGCAACUGUUAGAUGCCUGGGACUUCUGAAGGCGCUCCCAGCCCGGAGACAGUGUGAUCCUUGAUUCACACCAUGUUCCGCCCUCGGCAAAUAGCAGCCAACUCAAACUGCUCAUAAAUUUCCUGCCUGUCACCCCUGGCGCCCAGGGCCAGGCGGGGUGGGAGGCACUGGGGGUGGGCUGGUCCCUACCUGCUUCCAGUUCCCUGGGAAGUUUGGAGGCCAGCAGCCCAUGCCUGCGCUUGUGCCCAGAAUAACCUCAGCAGAGCGGGUCCCUUGGAGAUGUGAAUGCAUAUCUGCCAAAAGCAAAGACAUAUGGGCUGAAAUGUUCGAGAAAACACAGCCACCAGCUUAUGGUGCAGUGUGCACAAUGUAAUUCCACUUCCUCAAAUACUAUAUAGGUAUGUCUGAGCCUAGGAAAUAUAUCUGGAACAAUACCACCCAAUGUUAUAAUUUUCUCUUGGUGGGGACAACUGAGGUGAUUAAAAUUUUUUUCUUUGUGCAUUUUUCUGUAUUUUCUAAUUUUUCUGUAAUCAACAUGAACUACCUAUGUCCUUUAAAAUGUGUUAACUAUUUCAUUGAUAUUAUAGUUCAUGCAUUUAAAGUAUAAAGUUCAGUGGCUUUUGGUGUUUUCACAUGUGCAACCAUGAAUCACCACAGUCAAUUUUGGAACAUUUUCAACCAGGCCAAAAAGAAACCCUGUAUGCUUUGGCUAUCACUCCUACCCUGAAGUCCCCUCCUGUCCCUGAGCAACCUCUAACCUAUAGAUUUCCCUGUUCUGUACAUUUCAUGUGAAUGGAAUCAUAUAAUACAUAAUCUUUCAUGAUUGGCUUCUUAGCAUACUGUUUUCAAGGUUUAUCCAUGUUCUAGCAUGUUAUCAGUACUUCAUUCUUUUUUAUGGCUGAAUAAUAUUCCAUUGUAUGGCUAUACCACACUUUAGUUACCCAUUCAUCAGAUGAUGGACAUGACUUAACGAAGAUUUUUAAAUCGUGUUUAUUUUUUAAAAAGAAUCCAUUGAAAGCAAAUUGAUCAAGAGGACAUUGGUGCAGUGUGACCAUUUCUGGCUACUUAUUCCACAGACUUUUCAGCCUGUGAUGCCAUUUUAUGUUUUUAAACACCAGAUAGUCAAACAGAGCAUCCAGCUCUGCAGGAACAUGAGCCAGUGCCUUCGAGUGCUCGUGCUGUAUGCCACACCCUCCUGGGGGCUUGGCUCAGUGAUUCUUUGCAGCCGACCUAGAAGGUGGGCAGCAUUACUGUGCUCUUUUUAAAGAUGAGGUCACUGAGGCUUGGAGAGAUGAACCAGCCUGCCCAGGGCCCCACAGCCCACUGACUUUGGGGCCAAGGUGAACCCAGUGCUCAGCAUGUAGACCCAAACAUGAUUUCCCCCUUCUAGCCCAUAUAUCUUCCUUAAAAGUAAGGUAAAGUAGUGCCUAAUAGUGUGGGUCUUGAAAAUUACUUCCCCUUUGCCCUCCUGGCUUGUCUUUCAGAUUCUACUUUUAAAACAACAUUUGAAAUCUGGCUGUUCUUUUUCAGGACAAACCAAUAAAAAAAAAAUACUGUCAGGAUUUCAAUCCCAUUGGACAUCUUUUUCUGCAUGUAGGUGUAGCCAAAUAGCUUAAAAAUAGAAAAGAUGUAGAAUUUGAAAAUAGUGAAAAAUGGCUAAGUAGGUAAAGUGGAUAUCAGAGACUGAAAAUAAAUUUAAAAGGUAAAAUACCUCAAAUUUAAAAAAUGUGUUUUAAAUGCUUCGAAGUGGUAAAGUUGUGCUGUAGUACAAAGAUGUGCUCAGGGAAGGAAAGCAGUCCACUCAAGCCAAAGACAAACUUAGUAAGUAGAUGUGUAAUUAGAAAGAAAAAAGCUGGAAGUGAACAAAAGCCAAAAAGAUGCAAAAUUGUUUCAGGGUUCACAACAAUUACCAUGAAAUUCCCCUAAAUUACAGGCACAUAUACAAAAAUGCUCAAUGUCACAUUUGAAAUAGGAAACAUAUCUUGUGGUAUAUGAAAGCUACAGUAAAUAAAAUGCCUGUGACUGGAAAUAUUUAUUGACUCCUUCAACAAAUAUUUAUUGCUAUGCUAUUGUGUG